AUGCUGAAUCGAAUGCUGGAAAUGCACCUGUCUCUGCUUUGUACCUUUUGCAUUUAUUUCAUUGUGCUUUGUGCUGCAGAGGAAGGUUUGGAAUUCCCCAACUUUGAUGGCAGGGACCGAGUGCUGGAUAUCAACGAGCGCAGCUACAAGAAAGCCCUGCGGAGAUUUGACCUGCUAUGUCUGUUCUACCAUGAGCCCGUACCUGCCAACAAAGGCCUGCAGAAGCGCUUCCAGAUGACCGAGCUGGUCCUGGAGCUGACUGCUCAGGUGCUGGAGAACAAAAACAUUGGAUUUGGAAUGGUGGAUGCUCAGAAGAAUGCCAAAGUAGCCAAGAAGCUCGGCCUAGAAGAGGUGGGAAGCCUGUACAUCUUUAAGGACGAUCGCAUCAUUGAGUUUGAUGGUGAACUCUCAGCAGACACUCUUGUGGAGUUCCUCCUGGAUGUGCUGGAGGACCCGGUGGAAAUAAUCAACAACGCAAUGGAGCUCAGAGCCUUCGAAAGGAUAGAGGAAGACAUUCGCCUCAUUGGUUACUUCAAAGGAGAGGAUUUAUACUACAAAGCCUUCCAGGAGGCCUCUGAGCGUUUUCAACCUUACAUCAAGUUCUUUGCCACGUUUGAUAAAUCCGUGGCCAAACAUCUCUCCCUCAAGAUGAACGAGGUGAAUUUUUACGAGCCCUUCAUGGAGGAGCCCGUGGUCCUGCCCGGCCGAGCGCUGUCGGAGACGGACAUUGUGGACUUUGUCAAUCGACACAGAAGGGCCACUCUGAGAAAGCUCCGGGCAGAGAACAUGUUUGAGACAUGGGAAGACGACAUGGACGGAAUCCAUAUCGUUGCAUUCGCUGAAGAGGAGGACCCAGAUGGCUAUGAACUGCUGGAGAUCUUGAAGGACGUGGCCCGAGACAACACCAACAACCCAGAUCUCAGCAUUGUCUGGAUCGACCCUGAUGACUUCCCUCUGCUCACCACUUACUGGGAAAAGACCUUCAAGUUGGACUUGUUCAGGCCUCAGAUCGGUGUAGUCAACGUCACAGAUGCGGACAGCGUGUGGCUCGACAUGUCCAACGAUGAGGACUUACCCACUGCCGAGGACCUGGAGGACUGGAUCGAGGACGUCCUGUCGGGCAGAGUUAACACAGAGGACGAUGAUGAUGAUGAUGACGACCGCGAGGACUUUGAGGAGGACUUGACGGAAGACGGCGACGAGAACCAUGACCGAGAUGAUGACCUAUAUGACUGA